CUUCUCUACGGUGUAUUUGCUGCACGGCACAGGUAUCACGCAGUGGAUUGCGGCAAAGUAGAGCUGAAAUGGGGAAAAUGCAGGUCUUGGGUGUUCUUGCAGUAAUAUUAGCCGUCUUCUGCGUCCGUGCAAAGGUUUACUUUCGUGAAGAGUUUCUGGACGAUGAUGAAUGGAGAAGUCGCUGGGUGAACUCCAAACACAAGUCUGAUUAUGGAGAGUGGAAACUUAUGGCUGGGGACUUCUAUGGAGAUGCUGAGAAAGACAAAGGGCUGCAGACAAGUCAAGAUGCUCGUUUCUACGCUGUCUCUUCCCGCUUUGAGCCAUUCAGCAAUGAGGGGAAACCUUUGGUCAUUCAGUUUACAGUCAAGCACGAGCAAAAGAUUGACUGUGGUGGUGGCUAUGUGAAGAUCUUCCCUUCCGACUUAGAUCAGGCUGACAUGCAUGGAGAAUCUUCGUACUACAUUAUGUUCGGCCCAGACAUCUGUGGCUACAGCACCAAGAAAGUUCAUGUCAUCUUUAAUUACAAGGGCAAGACUCACCUCAUCAAGAAAGAGAUUAAAUGCAAGGAUGAUGAGCUGACUCACCUGUACACGCUGAUCCUGAAUCCAGAUCAGACCUAUGAGGUAAAGAUUGACAACGAGAAGGUGGAAUCUGGCAGUCUGGAGGAUGACUGGGACUUCUUGCCCCCUAAGAAAAUUCAGGACCCCGAAGCCAAGCAGCCAGAGGACUGGGAUGACCGUGCUAAAAUUGAUGAUGCUGAUGACACCAAGCCUGAGGACUGGGACAAACCUGAAAAUAUUCCAGAUCCUGAUGCCAAAAAGCCUGAAGACUGGGAUGAAGAUAUGGAUGGAGAAUGGGAGCCGCCCAUGAUCCCCAACCCAGAGUAUAAAGGAGAAUGGAAACCCAAACAAAUCGACAAUCCCAACUACAAAGGACCAUGGGUGCAUCCUGAGAUUGACAAUCCUGAAUACAGUGCGGAUUUGAACAUCUACAAGUUUGACAACAUUGCUGUUUUAGGACUUGACCUUUGGCAGGUGAAAUCUGGUACUAUCUUUGACAACUUCCUGAUCACGGAUGAUGUGAAGGAAGCAGAAGACAUGGCGAAGGAGACAUGGGGUGUUACAAAGGAACCAGAGAGAAAAAUGAAACAGGAGCAAGAUGACUUGAAACGGAAAGAAGAAGAGGAGAAAAACAAACAACAAGAAACUGAAGCUGAUGAAGAUGAAGACCUGGGUGAAGAAGAAGAAGAGGAGGAGGAGGAGGAGGAAGAAGGAGAGGAAGCAACAAAAGACUUAGAGGAAGCCCUUUCGGAAAUGGAGGAUGAGAAAGUACAGCCGAGCCAUACCGAACUUUGAGGAGGUUUCCUCUACCACUCUGUCAGAAACUGUCCUGUCUUUCCCAGGGGUAUUGUGGCUGCUGUGCAUCCUUUCCCUGACAUUUGGACACAUCCCAGCUUGGGGGUCUAAUGUAGUAAAUGGGAACAAGUGGGUGUUAGUGGACUUGGUGUCUUUCAUUUUGUUCAUGAUGUUACCCUUGAACUGCUGGAUUGAUUCUAAGGUUCUCUACUGACAAAGUUCAUUCCUCAUUUUGUAAUGACAGAUAAUCAUUGGCACUGUCAUUUGCUGUUGUGUGUUUUUUUUUUUGUUGUUGUUGUUUUUUUUACAGAUUUCCUUCGUAGCUGCCUAUCAGCAUAUUUUGAAAGCUAACUAAAAGCUGUGGUAAAUAUUUCUUUCAGUCUGGGGAAAGAUACAGUGCACAUAAUUCAACACAUAAUGCAUAAACCAAAAAACUUCACCUCCGAAAAAUCUGAAUACAGACAAAUCAAGACUAAUGCAUUGUAACUUAUUUUGGUUUAUGUCUGCAGCACUUAAUGUUUUCACACCUUUAGACCAUAAUUGGGUGAAAUGUUAAGACACACAUGAAACCUAAUCUACUUACACUUUUUUUUUUUGUUAUUUAACUGAUUUGACUUCAACAUGUCUCCAUGAAAAUGUAAUUGGACUGCAUUCCAUCUGGAAAGUCUGGAGAGACCCAUACUGAGCCCCUGGUGUGACUCUUGUGAGAGUGAGUUAUGUUUGUUUAUUGGACAGAAUGUUAUUGAUGCGAAAGUUUUUAUUAAAUGACUAUUACCUUA